UCGUCAGUUUACCUUCGUGACUCGUCGCGCGCGAACCGUCGUUCCUCGACGCGACAGAAACGACGCGCGUGUAAACAGGAACGGGAAACACGCGUGUCCGUCGCGUGAUCGUUCGACGUCUUUGUUCCGCCGGCUGAAAGAUCGGCGUUCACAGGAUCGCGCCGUGAAGUUGAAAACAUUCGUGUGAAAACGAGGCUUGAGUAAACAGGCGAGAAGCGAGAGGAUUAUUCCGAGGCUCUUUGUGAACGUGCGCUUCCUCAGUGAUUCAGCUUUGCGAAUCCGAAUAACCGAAUUCGAGAGUAUUCACGAUAAUCGAAAUGGAGUAGCUUUUUGACUUUCGUCGUGAAUCGAAGUUUGAGAUGAGAAAGGUUUCGGUCGAUUGGAUAGUUUGUCGGAGGAAUAUCGAGUUGCACGUUGAAUGUAUUGAAUGAACGCGAGGCGGAGAAUUUGCCGGCUGUUCAAAGUAAAUCCAGUUUCAUUUACCAAUCGCUAACUGGCAGCCUUGAGAGAUAAGGAGGAACGACGACGGCGAAAUUCUUCUGCAUACUAUUAACCAUCCGCCGACGAUAAGAAGGCCGCAGAUAGUUAACGACGGCUACGAGCCACCGGCCGCCAUUCAGAACGCAAUGCUGACGAAGGACAAAAAGCCUUUCACGUACACGCCGGGAAUGGGCGGGAAAUUGGACCUGUCGCAGAUACGGAGCCCGCGAAUGGCCCGCAGAGUGGCGAAGAACGCGAACGACGAGGGCAUCGAGGGUCCGCCGAAGUCUGCGCUCGAGCCGAAACCUACUCCGCCGCCUAACGCCACGGCAAACUUGUUUAUUCAGCCCCAAGUAGCGAUACCAGUCUUCCCAACGAAUAUCCCAGUGCAAACCCCAGCGAACAGGACACCGCCCACGCCACCAGCUAAUAGGACACCGCCGACACCAACUGCUAACAAGACACCAACCACACCGCCUGCUAAUAGGAUCCCUUCGAAUGUCCCAGAAAAGCAGCCAGAAGUAGUGAAGCCGGUGACGAAAAUCGAGACAAAAAUGACACCGUUGGUGACGACAUCCGUCCAGCCGGGCAGCCCGGAGAGUCCCAGCACGCCGACGCAGGUGACGCUGACCAAAGCUCCGACGCCCUGGCUACAGAACAAGAACAAGCCGCAGGAGGAACUUCCGGAAUGGGCGAAACGCCCGAGCAUGAACAAGCAGAGCUCGUCGCCGGAAAGUCCGGUGUCUCCUCCGGCGUACACGCCGCCGAUUCAGCAACAGGCGCAGCCGCCGUCGCCGCAAUGGCAGCCGACUCAGCAGAGGCCGGUGUCGCAGCAGCCGCAGUAUAACCAGCAGCCUCAGAUGUUGGCUCAGCAGCAACAGAAACGCCCGUACUCUAGUCCCCAGAUGUCACAGCAAGCUAGUCCACAGGCGAACACGCAGGAACGCGUGAUACCGAUCCGCAUCGAGGAUAGGCCGUCCGUGUUCGACGUGAAACGCGAGCCAGGUCACCAUCAGUUCAAGCAACCGAGUCCUCAUCAUCAGCAGCGAUGGGGACAGCAACCGAGUCAGAACCAAGCGCAGAAUCAGGUGCCAAAGCAGCCGACUACUCCUCAACCUGCGCCCUCGACAGGUGGUGGUUAUAUCAUACCCAUUAUGGUGGAAGGUAGCGAGAAGAAGCCUGUAGGAGGACCUGUAGCUAAUUCUUCGUACUCGCAACCUGCUAUGAUCGUCAGGAACAAUGUACAGAGUGCUGACAACCAGACCGUCAAAGUGAUACCGCAACGUGGACCAAUUCAAACCGUCCAAUCAGAUUCAGGGCCGGUUCAGUCACGAUCGUUCCGCGUCCUCCAGAAGAUCACCGACACAGACUCGACGAACGACAUCGAUCAGGAACAACUUCGUAAACUUCAGUUGGUAGACGACGACAGGGUUCUGAUGAACAAAUUCAAAGAGCAAGUUGACAAUGAAAACACCCUCCACUACGAGGAAGAUCCAAGAUACCGCGGCUCGGCAAUACCAUCUCGAAUGUUCCGUUACUUGCAAACGAUGACUGACUCCGGCGAUGUGCCCGUCGUUACGUCUGCGACGCCACGACAACAAACCGCCAUCAACAAGAGACAGAAUAGGAAUUCGAAAUCAUUUGAGGAAAUGCAGGCGAACCUGCCGCCGAGCGAGCAACAGGUCCCGGAGCCAAAGAAGUACAUGGGCAGCGCGAUUCCCUCGAGGUCCUUCAAGAUGCUGCAGGCGAUGACCGCGUCGGAGAGCGUCGGUCCCGACGCAACUGAUUACUGAGCAAAGACGACGGGUACCCUCUUAGGAAUCAUGGCGUUGUUAAGUGUGUUU